AUGAUCCAACAAGAUUUCCAAGACUCGCAUAGCGGCGACAUAGACCAGGCGGGGUCAUCAAACACCACAUCAACGACACCGUGGGAGGCGCUACAAUUUCUGCCCAGAACUCCGCCUGGAGUCGCCGAACAUGAAAUGACAAACGUGGAAAAAACGAGUCUCAAGAAUCGAAAACAGCGGCCCGGUAUUUGGCGACAGUGGUGGGCGGAGAUUCUAAACACCGUCCUGAUGAUUGGCUCGCUAUGCGGGAUGGUAGGUGUCCUGUACCAAAACCAGGACAAGCCACUGCCAGACUUACCAUUCACAAUAUCGAUUAAUACCGUUGUUUCUAUUUUGAGCACAGUCUUGAAGGCCUCCGCUGGAUUGAUUCUGGCGGAAGGUAUCAGUGACUUGAAGUGGAAGUGGUUUCGAAUCAACAGAUCACUGCACGAUUUGGCCGUCUUCGACAUGGCAAGUCGCGGUCCUUGGGGGUGCUUGCGAUUACUCAUCCGCCCUCGUGGAACGCAUUUCAUUGCCUCCCUUGGGGCCGCCCUGAUUAUUAUGAUACUGGCAAUGGACCCAUUUAUACAACAGCUCAUUCAAUUUUAUGACUGCAAAAUGAUAAGCACAACGACCAAUGCCACACUCCCGCGAUCGAUGCUUUAUGAAGAAGCUGGACAACACAUAAGUCCUAACAGCUACCCACCCGCGACACCUGUAUUGGGCUUCGUUGAUCAAGGGCUCUACAACCCCCAGGACAUCAAGACGCCGUUCAUAUGUGCGACUGGCAAUUGCACUUUUGACAAUACAUACUCAACACUGGGUUUCUGUGCUACCUGUGAAGACAUGAAUAGCCAGAUGAGGAUCUUCAAUGUCACUACUGGCUAUGAUACAUUCACAAAUGCCGCCGGCGAGACGGUAUUGGUGCCCAAAGUCAUGACCAACACGACGCUUCCAUCUGGCUCUUAUACUUCAAUCGGCCAAUUGGACAGUUCCAAUGGAUGGUUUAGGAUAAACGCUACCUCAGAUGGGUGGAUUGACGUCAUACAAGCAUCACUCGCGUGGUCCGGAGGAGACGAGCAUUUGCAAACCGACCAUCACCUGGCAACAGUCAUCAGACCUGAUCCAGGCGGCUGCAAUAUUGCAUCCGAUAACAAUACGUGGGCAUGCAGUGGGUUUGGAGGGGCGGGAGCCGCUCGAUGCAAGAUCAGGCCUUGUGUCAAGUCAUACAAUGCAGCAGUUGAUCAAGGAGAGAUCACGGAGACUUUGGUUAAAAGACCGGCACAAAUGUAUCGUGCGGAUAUGGGAUCGCGACCUUGGUUAGCAGCAGAUGUCAAAUGCGCUGGCUCUGAAGCAGUUUCUCACUUGCAAAACGCAGGUUUUCGCAUUGCAGAUGACGAUAUCAUCAUACCCUGGAACGUUAUGGUGAACGAGAGGUGA